CUGUUAAUUAAUGUAUUAGCGGUGUCGUUUGUGUGUUAUUUCUGUGCAAAGUGUGUUCUAGGAGGCUGAAGUGUUGGAUUAGAGUAUGAGGGAGGUGUGUUGGAGCAGCACAGGGGGAUGAGACAGUGCACUUUGUGAAUUCCGUCCGUGAUUCGGAAAGAGGGCGAGGAAACUCUGAGGCUUAGUCGGAGAGGAGACGAGCACAGCUGAACAACAUCGGCAGGGCUGAUCUAACAGAGGCUAACACCAAAACAGCUUGUGUUUGCAGUAAUCAUUUUAUCUCAGGUUUGAGCAUUGACACAUUGAAGGUUGGAUGGGACAUGUGACAAGCUACCCCCUCUGUUUCUCCACUGACUGGAACUGAGAACGGUUCAUCAUACAGCAGUCGAUGCGGCCUGUCACUGUCUCUCCUCUGUCCGAGCUCUCAGCAUGUCUCGCGUCUCCUCCACGGCCAAGCGCUACGCUGGCUCUUCCUAUACCAGCCACUAUAGCUCAUACAGCUCCUCCCUGACGCCCUCACUCGGGACUUAUGAUCGUGACAAGCUCCCCUACAAAACCCCUUCGACGGCUUUCUCCACCUCUAGCUACCUAAGCUCGAGCAGCAGUCGCACACGGAAUUACCACUCCUCAGAGCCUGAGCGUGGCCGUCCUAUCCCUCGCACUGACCUGCUGAGCGGCCGGCGCAGCGAGAGCCUGAGUCGCACGCCCUUAAAGGGCUAUAAUUCAGGACUGAAUGGCGGCUCAGCCUACAGCUACUCGCCGGCACAGACCAGCUACCUCUCCACCUCUCCCAUGCCAUCCAGCAUCUCCCUAAACCGAAGAAAGUCAGUCAGUCAGAGCGACCUGACACGGGAGUUGUCCUCGCUGGCCCUCAAUGACGCUUCCAGCAGCAGUCUGAAGCCAGCAUACAGGAGCCGGAUAAGUGAUGCCACCGAGUCCUAUAGCAGCAGCAGCUUGCGCUCAGGCUUCGGGAUGUCACGCAGCUCCACACAGGAGGCCCUGAGUAGCAGCAGUAGCAGCAGCCGCUUCUCCACCUCCAUCGGACGCUCCAGUUCACCGCUCAGGGAGGAGCCAGUGAGAACGAGCUCCAAGGCUGCUCAAGGCGUGGUUGGAUUAGAUAAUCUGGGCAAUACAUGCUUUAUGAACUCCAUCCUUCAGUGUCUUAGCAACACACACAGUUUGCGAGACUAUUGUCUACACAACUCCUACCGUCGCGACCUCAACAACAGCAACCGCACAAACACUGCACUGAUGGAGGAAUUUGCCAAGCUCAUUCGGACACUGUGGACGUCGUCAACCAGCGACGUCAUCAUCCCUUCCGAGUUCAAAACACAAAUCCAGAGAUACGCGCCCAGAUUUGUCGGCAACAGCCAACAAGACGCUCAGGAGUUUCUGCGCUUCCUGCUUGAUGGCCUGCACAAUGAGGUGAACAGGGUUACAGUACGGCCACGUGUCGCCACAGAGGACUUCGACCAUUUAUCUGAUGAUGAGAAAGGGAGAAUGAUGUGGAACAGAUACCUGGCGAGAGAGGACAGUAAAAUCGUAGAUGUGUUCGUAGGGCAGCUGAAGAGCUCUUUGACCUGCACCGAGUGUGGCUAUUGUUCCACUGUGUUUGAUCCCUUCUGGGAUCUUUCCUUACCAAUCCCCAAGAAGGGCUACGGAGAGGUCAGUCUGAUGGACUGCAUGCGACUCUUCACUAAAGAAGAUGUGCUGGACGGAGACGAGAAACCAACAUGUUACAGAUGUAGAGCCAGAAGAAAAUGUACAAAGAAGUUCACAAUUCAGAAGUUCCCUACAAUCUUAGUGCUCCAUCUGAAGCGUUUCUCAGAAGGUCGAGUCAGAUCCAGCAAACUGUCUACUUUUGUCAACUUUCCCAUGAAGGACCUGGACCUCAGGGAGUUUGCCUCAGACAGAAGCAGUAAUACAGUGUAUAACCUGUAUGCGGUGUCCAAUCACUCAGGCACUACCACGGGGGGGCAUUACACAGCAUACUGCUGCCAUCCUGACUCAGGACAAUGGUACACAUUUAAUGAUUACAGAGUAACGUCAAUGUCCUCCAGUCAUGUGCGCAGCAGCGAUGCGUACGUUCUGUUCUACGAGCGAGCCAACUUGUGACGGCUUACAGGAGACAGAAGGAGCGAGGUCAUCAGCCUCACGCGGCAUCCUCACAGAAAGAAGAUGCUGUCACCUUCUCCUGGACACCUGACAGAAAUAAAUGUAGCGUCAUUACUGGCGCUCUGCUGCUGUGUCCAGUUCAUUUUCAUUAGGGAGGUCUGGAGUCUCCUGAUGCCUCCAUGUAUGUGUGUGUGAGUGUGUGCGCGUGUGUGUGUGUGUGUCUGAGGGCAGCUCCUUGGGAGACACCAUCGGGUAAUAAAACCCUCGUGACUCCGUCUCCCCAGUCUCUCGCUAUGCACUGCAACAGAACUCUGGUCCCGUCUGCGCCUUGUACAAGAUCGCCUCAGUACACAGACUGGUUUAACAUAGACGUGUUUUCUUGUCAAUUGUAUCAUUUUUAUUUGUAUUCCCUACACUCCAGGGGAAAUGAACUGGUCUGAGGCUCCCUCCGCUGAGGGAGACAUGAUUUACAACCUCUAAGCUGCAGCUCAUAUAUUUAUUUGAGCUCAUCGGUUUGUUACACAUCUCUGCUUUUAUUCAGUGACAUAGUUUUUGACUUGUUUCACCUGUCAUUUUCUCCCAAUCGCUUUCCACUCCAUUCUCUCCCUCCUCUUACUCUCCUGAGGGCUGAAAGAGGCAAAAGGUCUGUUUAAGGUGCGCCGUGUUGACAGGACACCGUGUGGCUGCUACUGAUCUGAUACUCAAAUGCUGUGAACGAGAGGACAGUGGAGUCGAGCUGAUUAUAAUUCACUCGGUCGUCCUGAUCGUACAGAUUGGUUUAUCUUUGAUUUCAUGCCAUUGAACAACAUGGAAAGAAGGUUUUUUUUGGGGGGGGAAAACUCUAUCUGUAUAUUUUUAUAUAUGAUGCAAUAUAGAGAAUGUAAAAUACUGUGGUGCUGAAAAUGACCUGUUACUGUUUCUGUUUUCAGUUAAUUUAACAGGAGAAAGAGAAUGGAUACUAUUUAUGCUCACA